AUGCCGCCCACGCUCGAAGAGCUUCAAGGCGAAGAUAUCAAAAGCAAGCCCCAGAAGAGAAAGCAGCAGCCCGUGAAGGAAAAGAAGCUGAAGAGAAGCAAGAAGGAACCUGUUGAAGAAGAAGAGGUUGAACUUCCUGAGGUUGACCUUGAACAGCUUAGCCUGGCCAAGAAGCUGCUUUUUGAUGACGAUGAGGACGACGAAAUUCCAGCUGACGAGUUCCCAGAGGACGAGUUUGACGAGGCUGACAUGGGUGAUGAGUUUGAUUCAGACGAAGAAGGCAGAGAGAGACCCAGAUUCUCUGACGACGAAGACGAUCUUGAGGACUUGAAUGCCGCCAACAUGGAGGCAUUGUCUAAAAAGCUUGACGAAGAGGAAGAGGAAGAGGCUGAGGAGGCCGAGCUUGAGUUGGUGCAAGGUGCUGUUCAGCCUAGAGCCAAGGUGUUGCCUACUGAGGCCGAAGAGGAGGAAUUGGCCAAGCAGCCCACCGAUGUGACUGCUGUAAGAACCAGAAUGCUUGAGAUUGUGAAGGUCUUGGAGAACUUCAAGGAGUUGGCUGAAGAGGGCAAGUCUCGUGCUGACUACACCUCUCGUUUCCUCAAGGAUAUCUGUGAGUACUUUGGUUACUCUGAGUUCUUGGCCGAGAAGCUUUUCGACUUGUUCUCGCCUGCUGAAGCCAUGGAAUUCUUCGAGGCCAACGAGGUCGCCAGACCAGUUACCAUCAGAACCAACACCUUGAAGGCCAGAAGAAGAGACUUGGCCCAGACAUUGGUCAACAGAGGUGUCAACCUUCAACCCAUCGGAAAAUGGACGAAGGUUGGUUUGCAGAUCUUCGACUCCCAGGUUCCUAUUGGUGCCACUCCAGAGUAUUUGGCUGGUCAGUAUAUCUUGCAGGCUGCCUCAUCUUUCUUGCCUGUGAUGGCUUUGGACCCACAAGAAAACGAGCGUGUGCUUGAUAUGGCUGCUGCUCCCGGUGGUAAAACCACCUACAUUUCUGCGUUGAUGAAGAAUACCGGGUGUGUUUUCGCCAACGAUGCCAACAAGGCUAGAACCAAGUCGCUUGUGGCUAACAUCCAAAGAUUGGGAUGCAGAAACACCAUUGUCUGUAACUACGAUGCUCGUGAAUUCCCCAAGGUCAUUGGCGGUUUCGACAGAAUUCUUUUGGACGCUCCUUGUUCUGGUACUGGUGUUAUCGCCAAGGACGAGUCUGUUAAGGUGAACAGAAACGAGAAGGACUUUAUCCAGAUUCCUCACCUCCAGAAGCAGUUGUUGUUGAGUGCCAUUGACUCUGUCGAUGCCCACUCCAAGACUGGUGGUGUCAUUGUCUACUCUACAUGUUCUGUGGCUGUGGACGAGAAUGAAGCUGUGGUGGACUAUGCAUUGAGAAAGAGACCCAACGUCAAGUUGGUGGAAACAGGCUUGCAAAUUGGUAAGGAGGGUUUCACUUCUUUCAGAGGCAAGCACUUCAACAACUCGCUUUCGAUGACCAGACGUUACUACCCUCACACUUAUAACGUCGAUGGUUUCUUUGUGGCCAAAUUUAAGAAGAUUGCUUCUUCACCUCAUGAUGUCUCUAAGGCCGGUGCUAAGGAGAAGGAGUCUUUGGCUAGAUCUGAGGCCGAGGAAGAAGGUAUCAUUCACGACGACUUUGCUGAGUUCAAUGACGAAGAGGACAAGGAGUUGUUGGACAAGGCCAUCAAGAGAGGCAUGAAGAGGAAGGGUUUGAAUCCAAACACGAAAAAAUAG